AUGUUUCUAGAAUUUAUUGGAAAUAUCAUCCCUUUUUCUGCCCUUCUCUUAUUUAUCACAUUCAAUUUACUGCAUAAGGUUUUGACCACAGUGCCCAUUGAUACCAACAUACCUGUUCUAGAUUUGGACUGUGACAGUGAUCUGGACAAUAAUGCAGAUGAUGAAUAUACAGAUCAAGCAGGAGAAAAAAAUCACAAAGUCCGACUAGCAAUUGGAAAUGGAGUAAGAAAUGAUGUGUGGAGAGAAUUUUUAGACAGAUUUGGUGCUCUUAAGAUCUGUGAGUUUUAUGGCGCUACUGAAGGAAACAUUUGUUUCAUGAACCACACAGGAAAAGUUGGAUCUGUUGGCCGCACCAAUUUCUUUUAUAAGCUUUUUUUCCCGUUUGAUUUAAUCAAGUAUGAUUUCCAAAAAGAUGAACCAGUUAGAAACAGCCAUGGUUGGUGUGAAAAAGUUAAGAAAGGUGAGCCCGGUCUUCUCAUUUCCAAAGUCAAUGCAAAGAACCCCUUCUUUGGUUAUGCUGGCAAUAAGAGACAUACAGAAAAGAAAUUACUCUGUGAGGUAUUUAAGAACGGAGAUCUUUAUUUUAAUACUGGAGAUCUAAUGGUUCAAGACUGUGAGAAUUUUCUUUAUUUUUGGGACAGGAUUGGAGAUACCUUCAGAUGGAAAGGGGAGAAUGUUGCAACUACAGAAGUUUCUGAUGUCAUUCUAAUGUUGGAGUUCAUACAAGAAGCAAAUGUGUAUGGUGUAUCUGUGCCAG